ACCGGACCCACGCGGGGACAUCCAUCAACCUACCGAAGUUAUUGAAACUACUGUGACACCUCGACGAUGGCUGAACAUCAAGUAGGAGUAGGAGAUAACCGAAUGAGUUCAUCAGCAGAGAAAGAGACCUGCAAAAACCCAGAUAGACUUUAUGAUGAGGGUGAGGAGAGUAUCAUCGGAGAACAGCUGGAGCAACAUCAGUCCACCCACACUGGAGAAAAGCCUUACAUCUGGAACCAGUGUGAGAAGAGUUUCUUAUAUUUUAGAUAUUUGAAACUCCACCAGCGAACCCACACUGGAGUAGAACCCUACUCCUGUGACUGUGACCAGUGUGAGAAACGCUUUAGCCAGUCAGGCUCAUUGAAGAUCCACCAGCGAACCCACACUGGAGAAAAACCUUACUCCUGUGACCUCUGUGAGAAAAGUUUCAGGAUUUCAACCUAUUUGAAGCGCCACAAACGUACCCACACUGGAGAAAAACCUUACUCCUGUGAUUGUGACCAGUGUGGGAAGCGCUUUAGCCAGUCAAGCUCAUUGAAGAUCCACCAGCGAACCCACACUGGAGAAAGACCCUACUCCUGUGACCAGUGUGGGAAGAGCUUUAGCCAGCUAAGCCAUUGGAAGGUCCACCAGCGAACCCACACUGGAGAAAGACCCUACUCCUGUGACCUCUGUGAGAAAAGUUUCAGGACUUCAAGAGAUUUGAAGCGCCACAAACAAACCCACACUGGAGAAAAACCCUACUCCUGUGACCAGUGUGGGAAGAGCUUUAGCCGGUCAGACUCAUUGAAGGUCCACCAGCGAACCCACACUGGAGAAAAGCCUUUCACCUGGGACCAGUGUGAGAAGAGCUUCAUCUGUGAAUAG